AUGCAAAUAGAAAAAGGAGACUAUUUUUUGGAUAGAAACUGGGAGAAUAAAAUUAAUUGUGUUUUAUAUCAUUGGCUAUUGAAAAUGAGCUGAUUUUUUGGAAGAUUGAGCUUAAAAGGCUUAUUUAAAUAUCCUUGAGCUCAUUUGAAUACUCAUAGAAACUAUAAUGAUAUGCAAUUUUGGAAUAAAAUUUUGAGCACAGCUGGAAAUUUAAAGUUAAAACUCUAA